UUGCCCCCUGAGUCCAGAUCUCGGGCCAUGUCGCCCAAGCGUGCACAGCCUGCCGAGGUGGACAAUCUGACAGCGGUACAGCUUCGGAAGAAAGCAAAAGAGCAGGGGCUGGUAACCACUGGCAGCAAGCAGGACCUCAUCGCAAGGCUCAAGGCCGCAAAGAAGCGCCCUGCACCCAAGGCUGCUGCGGAGCCUGCUGCAAAACGAGGUCGCAAAAGCCAUGAGGAGGUGAAACCAGCCGAAGCAGCCGCAGCGCAGGAUUUGAAGGCGGCCUUGGGGCUUUCGGCGGCCGCAGCACGGCGUUUGGCUGCGCUGCUACAGACUUUGUCCAAGACGGAGCUACGCAGGCGUUUGAAGAUCCUACAGAGCCCUCCGGCGCUGGCGCGAUGCCGCCGACCUGGUCAACUUGCCGCAGGAGCUCCAGCCAUUGGAGCCCCUGGACCAACUCCGGGUACACUCUUUGGACUCCCAGCAGACUCGGGUCGCGCUGCAUUGAGCUGCUUGAACUUGGCAGAUCACAAUAGCUUGAGGGCCGUGUGCCAUGCAACAAGGAGCUUGGUGGAUUUUGAGAUCUGCCGUUUGGCUGCUGGAUUCACCUACAAAGCUGAACUCUUCGAUGCUAGGCGCGUGACGUGCACUCGCUCUGGGCGAGUCAUGAGCAAUGGCGAUUCCGGGCGAAGCCGUCGCUUCUUGGGCUUUCUCACGCGGCAUGCGAAGCUUUUGCAACAGUUGGAUGUACGACAUGCACCGAUUGAUGCUUUGGAGUCCAAGAUCUUGAGGUUGGCCAUUCCAUGCAUGCAGCAUUUGACCGAGAUCGUCCUCCCCACUGAAGGCUGGAGCUCUCAUGCCGACCGGCAGCGCCUGUUGUCAGCAAUUCCUCGAAGCGUCAUCGUAAAGUGGUCAAAGACCAAGAGGUCACCAAACAAGGAGACCUCCAAUGAGUCCCAGCCAUCAAAGCUCAAUGCGGAUCAACCAGUUGCUCCAUGAGAUGAACAGAGGACACUGCCCAGCUGAGCCCAGCUGCCCAGCUGCCCAGCCAAGUCUGAAGUCGACAAGUCGUUGCUGUUGACGCAGGGGAGGAUCAAAUUCAUCGAGAAGCUGCUGGCACUCCCGAAGCGACCUCCAUGGGACCUGGACCGAGAUGGACAUUUGUAAUUAGUGCGAGUGCGAAACAAGGCGAUGCAUCUCCAGGAAGGAUGUCGUUUCCCCCAUGAGCAAGG